AUGGCCGGGACCGGGCCACUCCCCGGAGGCGGGGAAGCUGUGCCCUCGGGCCCAGGGCCCGGGGUGCCUGGGAAGAGCGGUGAGGAGCGACUGAAAGAGAUGGAGGCAGAGAUGGCGCUGUUUGAGCAGGAAGUCUUGGGGGCUCCAAUGUCUGGGAUUCCAGCCCCGCUCGUAGCCGCUGUGGAGCCAGCGCCCGUGCUUCGCCCCAUCAUUGCCACUAACACCUACCAGAAGGUCCAGCAGAGCCUGGAGGCCCGGGCAGCGGCAGCAGCUACAGUAAUUGCGCCCAUCGUGGGUCCCCCUGGCCCCUUUGUGAGUCCUGUUGGCUUCGGGCCUGGGGGAGAUAGAGGUCGGCUGGACAGCUCUGAGGCCCGGGAUGCCAUGUUUCUCCACUUGGCAGCAGGUGGCCCACGCCCCAUGGCUCUUCGGCUACCACAUCAGGCCCUGGUCGGGCCUCCCCUCCCUGGGCCUCCUGGACCUCCUAUGAUGUUGCCACUCAUGGCCCGGGCACAGGGACCCCCACUUGGCACGAUGGUGACCCUGAGACCUCCCCCCGAGGAGCCUCCAGCCCCUCGGGAACUAGACCUGGGCCUGGGCCUGGGUUUGAAAGAGAAAGAGGAGGCUGCAGCUGCGGCUGUGGCUGUGGUAGCUGCCGCAGCUGCUGCAACUUCUGGGCUGGAAGAAGUGGGUGUGGCCGUGGGGGGCCCAGGAGCUACCGCAAUCAUCGGGCCCAGCCUCCCCUUGCCCUUGACCAUGCCCUUGCCUGAGCCUGAGCCUCUGCCUCUACCUUUGGAAGUAGUGCGGGGCCUGCUCCCACCCCUGCGAAUCCCUGAGCUCCUGUCUCUCCGGCCCCGGCCCCGGCCUCGGCCUGAGCCCCAGCCACCCCCGGGACUCAUGGCCCUUGAGGUCUCAGAGCCACUAGGUGAGGACAAGAAGAAAGGGAAGCCAGAGAAGCUGAAACGGUGCAUCCGAACAGCAGCUGGGAGCAGUUGGGAAGACCCCAGCCUCCUGGAGUGGGAUGCAGAUGACUUCCGAAUUUUCUGUGGGGAUCUGGGCAAUGAGGUAAAUGAUGACAUCUUGGCCCGAGCCUUCAGCAGAUUCCCCUCCUUCCUCAAGGCCAAAGUUAUCCGGGAUAAACGCACAGGCAAGACCAAGGGUUAUGGCUUUGUCAGUUUCAAGGACCCCAGUGACUAUGUGCGGGCCAUGAGGGAGAUGAAUGGGAAGUAUGUGGGUUCCCGUCCUAUCAAGUUACGCAAGAGCAUGUGGAAGGACCGGAACCUGGAUGUUGUGCGGAAGAAGCAGAAAGAGAAGAAGAAGUUGGGACUUAGAUAG